CCCCUCCGUUUAACGGCCACCUUCUGGAAAGGGGGGCCGCGGCGGAGCGCGGGCUCGUAUGCCGGCCGUUCACUUAUCCCCCAAGCCGGGCUCCGCAUCGCCCCUUUUGGGCUCCCCCCACUCGCUUCCUCUCUCCUCGAAAUGAAGGUUGGGGGGCCGCCUGGAAAAGCGCUGGCUGCCCUUUGGGGGCGGAUGGAGGCUGGCCGGGCGGCCUUUGGGAGCCUCCUCUCGGCACCAACAGAGAUCCUCUGCACAAGAAAUCUCCGAAGCGGGAGGAAAGUCGGUAUUGCCUACGAACCCCCAGAGGAAAACGGGGCAGCAGAGGCCCCCGAGCCCAAAAAGCAGAAAUGGGAACCAGCCAACUGGAAACAGCAGCUGGCCAACAUCCGGGAGAUGCGGAGGGAGAGGAAUGCCCCGGUUGACCAGAUGGGAGCUGGGGCAUGCUUUGAUGGGGAGGCCCCUCCGGAGGUGAAGCGUUACCAGAUUCUGCUGUCGCUCAUGCUCUCCAGCCAAACGAAAGACCAGGUGACCUCCAUGGCCAUGAUGCGCCUGCGGGAGCACGGCUUGACGGUGGACCGGAUCCUGGAGACUGACGACGAGACUCUGGGCCGGCUCAUUUAUCCUGUUGGCUUUUGGAGGAACAAGGUGCGAUAUAUCCAGCAGACCACAGCAAUCCUGAAGCGGGACUAUGCUGGCGACAUCCCAGAAACUGUUGCAGAGUUAAUGAAGUUGCCUGGAGUCGGUCCAAAGAUGGCCCACCUGGUGAUGGACAUUGCCUGGAAGAACGUCUCUGGGAUCGGUGUGGACACGCAUGUGCAUCGGAUUUGCAACAGGUUAAAGUGGGCAAAAAAGGAAACAAAACUUCCAGAGGAAACGAGGCAAACCCUGGAAGAAUGGCUGCCCAGGACUCUCUGGAGUGAAUUAAACUGGCUCCUGGUCGGCUUUGGGCAGCAGAUCUGCUUGCCUGUCCGUCCACGUUGCAGCGAGUGCCUCAACAGGAACAUCUGCCCGGGAUCCACAAAGUGCUGAGGAACAGACCCCCCACCCCCAGCCUCUUUGUCUCGGGGCUUCCGUUGCUUGGGAGAAGUUGUUUUAUGCCAGGCAGAGACUUUGGAGCCUGUCCCAGGAACUGCAGUGCCUCCUUGGACAAGGAGGAAGUCUCCUUGUCUUCCAACUCCGGGCACAGAAGUGUGGGUCUGGGAUUUUACGCUGCCUCUCGAGCCUCCAUGAAGAGGCAGCUAUCUAGGAAGCACUUUUAAUAAAGUAAAUAUGUGGGAAGGAGGCUUAGGCUGGCUUCAUUCAAGAGGAGUAUCUGGAAGGAGAAGGAAUGACUGUAUGGAUCUGGGGCAGGCAAGGGCCUUCAAGGUGUUUAUUUAUAUUUAUAUAAAUAUACUAUAUUAAAAUAUAUAAAUAUAUUUAUAUAAAUAAAUAUAUAUUAUACUAAAUAUUUAUAGCUGGUUUCCUCACUUAAGGAACAAAAUCUCUCCAAAUGAAAUGAAAAUAAACCAUCCGGUGGAAUGCUUGAAGCAGCAAUAGUCACACCGCAAUACUAGAGAGGGACAGAUUGGGACAGCAGGGAGGGCUGGGCAGUGGGUGCCAAGCCUGGUAUCCUUUCAGGGAAGGACCGGUGCUUGAAGGAAGCGAAAUUGGCACAGCCCGGAUGCUGGAGGAGCCAAAGCCAGCCCGUUGCAGAACUGCAGUCCCCUGGGCUUCUAACAUU